UAUAUCGGGGAAAAUUGUAUGUUCAGAACUGAAGGUCUUAGCUAGCUUGUAAUACUAAGCCGAACACCUAAAUCGAUCAAUAGUUAUUCAUUUCCGAUGUACAAAGGGAAACGAUUAGUGGGAAAAGCUAAAUUCUUUUUUAUUUGUAAGUGCGGAAUGCUGGCUUGCAUUUUGGAUCUGAAUUGAGAAAAACGAGUCAUGAGUGUCAGCAUUGUGCAAUACUUUGGAAGCCAGAGCGGAAAAUGCGGCUACUGCACAGGUACAAACUGCAGCAAAUCCAAUGGUAUGCACGCAUAUCGCUUGGACUGCCAAGACUACCAAGAUCUCAUUGAUCGUGGCUGGCGCAGAUGCGGCAACUACUGCUAUAAGUUAAAGAACAAGGAUACCUGUUGCCCCUGUUACACCAUCAAAUGCGACGCAUUGGAAUUCAAGCUGACGAAGUCCAACAAGCGAAUACUUCGACGUAUGAAUCGAUUUUUGCGUGAUGGUAAACGUGACCCUGUCGAGCAGGCGGUACGCUCAGGAAACGAUGAUGACGUAACUGAGGGUGCGAAUGCCUCUGCCAGUGAGCCGCAGCCUCAGAUGCCAGAUAAGAGUCCAGCUGUAAUCAAUGUGGAACAGGCUAUGUCACUCGCACAGGCUCAAAAGUCAAAAGCAAAGCCGGCCGGGGCUGCACAGUUGACUUUAAACCAUUCACCAUCGCUGGGAUCCAACAAAUCUGCAGCGGCGAUCUCCAAUAAGCCGCGCAAGAAAGCCAAGCAAAUGCGAUUGGAACGCCGGCAGGCCAAAUUGGGCGAUACUAAGGAGCAGCCCUCGCAGAAAGCUGUCACGCAGGAGAAGAGUUUGAGUGACUUUUUAUCGGAGACCAGCGAAACCAACAAACAUCAUCUAAAGAUCGUUUUGGUCGCAUCCUCAGACACACACCGUUCUUGUGCCGAUGCAGUACUUGCGUUGUAUCGAAAAUAUCAAGUAGCCAUUCACAAUGAUAAUCCCGCACGCCUCACCCUAGCUAAUAUGCAGCGGUUUUUGAUCAAGUCACCCCUUAAGAACGAAAAGCCAGACGAUGGACCCGAGAUGGGCUAUGGCUCGUUCCAUCAGCAGUAUUGGCUCGAUGAAAAACUUAUUGCCGUGGGCGUUAUUGAUAUCUUGCCGGGGUCGGUUAGCUCCGUGUACUUCUUCUACGAUCCGGACUACAGUUUUCUCUCGCUGGGAACAUAUGGCUCGCUAAGGGAAAUAGAUUUCGUGCAGACGAUUGCCGCCACUACGCCUGCUUUGAAAUAUUACUAUAUGGGCUUCUACAUACACUCCUGUCCGAAGAUGCGCUACAAAGGAAAGCUGUCUGCCUCAUAUUUGCUGUGCCCAGAGACUUACGCCUGGAUACUGCUCACCGACGUCAUUCGCUCUAAGCUAGAUACAAACAAGUAUCAGCGCCUAAAUGAAGAUGCAGCUGCUAGAGAUGUGAACGAAUUCUUAGUUGAGCAUUUGGAUGAAGUGAUGCUUCUGCUGGAUGCCAAUACAUGCAUGCAGUAUAAGAAUUAUGUGCAGAUAACCGGCACUGAUAGCGAUCGCGUCGAGAUUAUUGAGUACAGCGAGCUGGUGGGAAAAGUUUGUGCGCAUCGCAUGCUUUACGUUAACAUGGCCUGAGACCCACAUAGUUUAAUUACAUUUAUUUGUUAAAUCUGUUUAAAGUUUGAAAUCUAAAUUUAUCAGCCAAAAGUCGUUAAUCGUUUGUCAAGCUAAAGUGUAAUGUAAAUUCUGCUUAACAACUUUCUGAAAUUGUUAAUUAAUAUGUUUUAAGUAAUGCCAAGAUAUAUUUAUAUGAUAAGAAUAAAUAAACAUUGAAU